AUGUCGGCCCUGUCUACAGAAGUCAGAGCGCGCUAUCAUAUCGCCGUGUCUACCCGGUUUGUGGAGCGUCUCUCUGCCGCAGAGGGAACUGUCACGGCGGAGUACAUCUACCACCGGGCUCUCAACGAAAAUUUUAAGGACAUCACAGAUGUGGGGACGCUUCCGCACGGUAUAGCUUCCCAGGUAAGCAGCACGUUUACAAGCCCAGUGGUACUUCAAGUCAACAGCUCAAGGGAUGCUACGCAGCCCCUUCGGCCAUGCGCCGAUUCAUGCGAGGAAGAAAUGAUAUUUGCGGCUGCGUUUCAGAAAACGACGAACACACGUCUUCUGCGUCUUGUCCUCUCUGAUGGACACUCGGAGAUACCGGCAAUUGAGCUCACUACCCUUCGCGUGUUUCGUGGUAUACCUGUUCCAGGGGAGAAGCUCCUUGUUAAAGAGGGGACACAAAUUAAAAAUGGGGCCAUCAUCAUGACGGAAGAAUGUGUCGUGCCGCUUGGCGGAGAGGUGCUGCAGUUAAAGAAAGAAUUUCUUUCCAAGAGGAA